GAUUUCCUAUGGUUUUGUGUCUUGUGGUUGGCUCACUUCCUUGAAUCAAGUUAAUACUGUAGUUCCUCCUGAGGCUGUGCUGAACAACUCCUGGGUAAGGUGCUAUAGGAACCUCACAAAAGGCCUGUUGGAAACCCAGUCUUUGCACGAAGCAGAUGAAGAUGUGGUCACUGAUGUUGAUUUCAGCAAUAUGAUUUCUGAAGAAGAAAAAGAAGAGUUAAAGAUUGAACUAGCCAAGCUAGAGGAUGAAAUUUCAACUUUGCGGCAAGUGCUAGCAGCCAAAGAAAAGCACCUGGUUGAAAUUAAACAAAAGCUUGGCAUAAGUUUGAUGAAUGAACUGAAGCAGAACUUUAGCAAAAGCUGGCAUGACAUGCAGACAACUUCUGCUUACAAGAAAACACAUGAGACCCUGAGCCAUGCAGGACAAAAAGCAACAGCAGCUAUCAGCAAUGUAGGAACUGCUAUCAGCAAGAAGUUUGGAGAUAUGAGAUCGCAUUCAAUUGGUUACUCUAUUCGCCAUUCCAUAAGCAUGCCUGCGAUGAGGAAUUCUCCAACAUUCAAAUCGUUUGAGGAGAAGGUUGAGACCACUGUCACAAGCCUUAAGACCAAGGUUGGUGGGACAAGCCACACCGGGGGCAGUUUUGAAGAAGUUCUCAGCUCUACAGCCCAUGCCAGCGCUCAGAGCUCUCUUGCUGGCACCCGCCUCCCUGAGAGUGAAGAAGAGCUGCAGUGUUAGACCGCAGGCCUUCCCGAGCCUCACACACCUCUCCUCAGAGACUUGCCCAGCCAGGGAUUUUUAGACCUGCCUCGCCACCCAACUUGUGCAACAAGGUUUUGUCAGCUUUGGAAAAUUGCCUCCCUGGCCUUGUGCUGGAGAAACGUGUCCUCUGUGUGUGUUGGAUGGGCCGUUUUAUCAUCAGGUACUUUGUACAUCAUAGAAACCCCUUAUAUGACUUAUAAUGCUCUAAAUUCUAUGUUAAGUGACCAAAACAGUUUUCAUUUUCACGUACCUUCCCUCCAACAAUCUCCAAGUCUCUGUUUCUUAUUUCUUUUAGUUUACUGUUUUCUAUCAUCUGUUGGGUUUCCAACUCCCCUCUCAGUGCCACAGCAGACAGAUGGACCUAGAGCUGUGCAAAGAUUGCUACUGCCAGCAAUAGUCCAUAUACCAGCUGUCUACCAGCCAUACCAGGUGCCCUUUGCUCAGGAGUGUCUGUACACGAUCUAUUUCCUAGCGGAAUUAAAAUCACUUAUUGUCACAAAAAGGUUUUUCUCCUUCGCUGGUACAGUCUGGCAUUGCCCUCUGCCCAUUAGUCAGCAGUUAAGGAGGACAGGAAGAGACACCCAGUUAUUCAUAUAGAAACUGAACUGAUCACAACUGCUGAUUUAAGAUGAUCAUUGUAGCUGGAAAAGCUUCAGUUUAAAAAUAUGUUCCAUUGCUUGCUCUCUGUGGUUUGGUAAGACUUGAUGGUAGAAGUUAAUUACAAAAGGAAGUGGAGCGGAGGGAAGCUCUAAUAUUUUUGCCUCCGUAUUUUCCCCUCAAAAAAAAGAGAAGGUAUAUUUAAUGAGCUUCAGGCAUGAUACAGCCUUAAGUGAAAGAAUACAAACCCAACAAUUGGCUCCAGAUGUGCCACAGGUCAGAGAGCCCAUGCCUUCAGUCUGCAUUUCAGAGCUGCUCGCAUAAACCCUGUUAUGUUACAAUACACAGGAUGAGUAGGUACUUCACUUCUGUCAAAUUUUGUUGUGCUUCACUCCAGGACAUAAUUCCCCCAACCACAUUAUAUCUGUCUGCUUAAUCACCAGGAGCCAGUCAUCUCUCAGCUUUGAUUCAGCAUGUUCUCUUGCAUCCUUGUAACAUUUUGUGAAAGAAAAAAGAGCAGCACACUUGUGACACUAUCUUGCUGUCUAGUGAGCACUUGUCAGUCUGCAUGUUGCAUUACUCAGUUCACCAGACUGAGGUGAGCACAACUUUUAUCAGUCAAGUAUAAACAAGAUGGAAAACAGUCUGGCUACUUUCAAAAUGGAUGCAUUUUUUGAGCAUAAGCCAAAGCUUUGAAUCAGCGUUAGUGAGUUUGACAUUACAGACUGCUUAAAAUCUUGUCAGAAAACUUGGCUUUAAGUGAUUUUUUUUUCCUGUGUGGCUUUUGUUAUAGUUUUUACGAAGUUGGAAGUACUUUCGUAAUGUUCUACUGGACAGAAGUUAACUUUGGACAUUUAUAUCAAAUGCCUCUUUAGUGUGAUUUUUAGCAUGGAAGCAAAUCUAAUUAGCUUUUUUUAGUACAGUUUUCCUGUGACGGUUUGCUAGCUUGUUUUAUGUGGAUUUGUGCAUAAAUGUGAAUUUAUUUAAAUGAAGAUAUUAAUGGUCAACUUAGUUUGUGUAAAUUAAGUUAUUGAUAUUCUUAUUAAAUUUCUCUCUUACUCUUUUGUA